AUGGACAGCCAGCUGUUACUGACACCACCUGUCGGCAGUUCCUAUUUUACACAAUACGUGCUCGUGUUCAUUAGAAAAGUGGCCAAAAUUCGGCGAAAACAGCGCAAGUGUGAUAAAACCAACGUGCCACAGCCGUCUGCAAAACGAACGAAAACAAAAGAGAACAGUGUUGAUAGUACAACAAGCAUUUUAAGCAGUGGCAGUGGCAGCAGCAGCGGCAGUACUACCAACAACAGCACUAGCAGCAACAACAACAGCAGCAGCAGCGGCAGCAACAACAAGCGUGCAUACGCGUCGGUGGGCCGGGGAGCGGCCGACGUUGUACCUGGACCCCGCGUACCCCCAAAAACAACAACAGCAGCACCAACAACAACUACACGAGCCGCCGCAGCAGCAGCAGCAGCAGCGACAACAACAACAACAAAUACUACAGUUACUAGAAGACAGUCAGCUGCCGGCCGGUGUCCGGCUGACGAAACUGUUGCUAGUUGUGGGCGGGGGGUCGGCGGGGGGGAACGAAACGAGAGUAAAGCACAGCUAACAAAGGGACAACAACUGAAUGCAACGCAUUUAUCAGUCGCUGUCUCUGUCUCAGUCUGUUUGCGCACUGUGCAAAAGCUUGCGGUUGAGCUUGAGCAGCGCCAGCUUGACGACGCUGACGUUGACAGCGCUGCCAGCGUUGACGUCGCCGUCAACGACAACGUCAUGUCGGAAACGGGCUGCCGGCAUUAUCAGAGCUACGUGAAGGAGCACAGUUACGAUACGUUUCGGGUCAUCGAUGCCUACUUCGCUGCCUGCGUCAACAAAGAUGCGCGUGAGAAAAAGGCCAUACACUGUAAUUGCUUUGAGUGCGGCAGCUAUGGCAUCCAGUUGUACGCCUGCCUGCAUUGCAUCUACUUUGGCUGCCGUGGUGCCCACAUCACCAGUCACCUGCGCUCCAAGAAGCACAAUGUCGCCCUGGAGCUGUCACAUGGCACCCUGUAUUGUUAUGCCUGCCGCGAUUUCAUCUACGAUGCUCGCAGUCGCGAUUACGCUUUAAUUAACCGCAAGCUGGAGGCGAAGGAUCUGCAGAAGAGUCUUGGCUGGCAGCCCUGGAUCCCCACGGUCAAGGAGACGAAUCUGUUGCUGGCCAAUGCCCGACGUCGUCUGGUGCGCCCAAACCAAACGAUUGGUCUUCGUGGUCUGCUCAAUCUGGGCGCCACUUGCUUCAUGAACUGCAUUGUACAGGCUUUGGUGCACACUCCGCUGCUGAGCGAUUAUUUCAUGUCGGAUCGCCAUGACUGUGGCAGCAAAUCCUCGCACAAGUGUCUGGUAUGCGAGGUAUCGCGUCUCUUCCAGGAGUUUUAUUCGGGCUCACGCUCGCCAUUGUCGCUGCACCGUUUGCUGCAUUUAAUUUGGAAUCAUGCGAAGCAUUUGGCUGGAUACGAGCAGCAGGAUGCGCACGAGUUUUUUAUUGCCACGCUGGAUGUGCUGCAUCGGCACUGUGUCAAGGCCAAGUCGGAGCACGAGAGCAAGAGCAACAGUUCGAGUGCAUCGGGUGGCAAUUCGAGUUCCAGUGCCAAUUCAACGGCCACACAUUGUUAUGGCCAAUGCAACUGCAUUAUCGAUCAAAUCUUUACCGGCAUGCUGCAGAGCGAUGUGGUGUGCCAGGCCUGCAAUGGCGUUUCUACCACAUUCGAUCCCUUCUGGGACAUCUCACUGGAUCUCGGCGAGACGACAACACACGGCGGCGUUACGCCCAAAACUCUCAUCGAUUGCCUCGAGCGUUACACGCGUGCCGAGCAUCUCGGCUCGGCGGCCAAGAUCAAAUGCUCCACCUGCAAAUCGUAUCAGGAGUCCACCAAACAGUUCAGUCUUCGCACCCUGCCCAGCGUUGUCUCCUUCCACCUGAAACGGUUCGAGCACUCGGCGUUAAUUGAUCGCAAAAUCUCAUCGUUCAUUCAGUUUCCCGUCGAGUUCGAUAUGACGCCCUUUAUGUCGGAGAAAAAGAAUGCCUAUGGCGAUUUUCGAUUCUCCCUCUAUGCGGUGGUCAAUCACGUGGGGACUAUCGAUACUGGACACUACACCGCCUAUGUGCGUCAUCAGAAGGAUACGUGGGUCAAGUGCGAUGAUCAUGUGAUAACAAUGGCGUCGCUCAAACAGGUGCUCGAUAGUGAAGGUUAUUUAUUAUUCUAUCAUAAGAACGUGCUGGAAUACGAGUGAAGAAAAGCAGCUAAGAGAAACGGCAGAAAUCGGAGACAGAGUGCAUCCAUAGAGACUGUAAUUCCCCCCUCUCUCCACCCACAAGAAAUUACUCACUCUCACACACACACGCGCAUGAAAGGUGCAAAUGCAUGUAGCAUACACACGCACGCAAACAAACAUAUAGAAACAUAGAAAUACAUAUAUAAUUACAAUUACAAAAACAAAUACAAAUACAAAUACAAAAACAAAUACAAAAGCAGACACGGACGCGGCAGCGCUUACAAGAAAUCUUUAAAAUGAAUUAUUAAAACCAUAUAUUGUUCUUAAGUAUUUCCAGCACAUAAUGCUAAAAACUAAACGAAUGCUAAACUAAA